GCAAAAACUGACCAAAAACUGGCUCGUGCGAGCGACCUUCGUCCUCUUCCAGCCGCAUCGAUCAACAGAGACCCAUACGGGCCCUUGCGACCCAUACCGCACUGAUCAGUGACACAAAAUGGCGAGUAACAUAGACAGCAGCGGCACAAACAUAGGACAAAUCGUCCGCCUCUCCUCGGCAGACGCGUGUCAGCACGCCGAAGCGCUGCGCGAACUCGCCACGGCGUGCUAUCCGGGAGCCGUGCCCGCCGACGGCGACGUGCUCUCGGCGCUCGCGGGCCCUUGGCACGACCUGAGCGCAUGCGAGUGGCUGCUCGCGUUCGAUGGCUCGGCCGUCGUGGGCAUGGCUCUGCUCGUACCCUACCACGACGCGUUGCAGCUGUCGACGCUCGCCGUCGCGCCGCGUGUGCGCAGGCGAGGCCUCGGCGCCCGGCUGCAGGAAGCGACGCGGCGGCGCGCCAUCGAGCUCGGGCUGCCGCGCGUCUGCGGCUCGGUGGACGCCGACGCCGCGGACUUGCUGAAGCGGUACCGCGCGCUGGGCGCCGUCGACGACGGGAGCGCGAUCUGUUCGCCCGGCGCCCUCGUCAAGCCCAAGGUGCGGCUGUCGGCGCCGGUCGCGCGGGAGGCGCCCUUCGAGUGGCUUCUGGAAUGGUCGCAGCUCGAACCGUUGCUGACGCGCCUGCUCGACGGCGUCGACCCCUCGACCGCGAGCGCGGUCGACCUCGGCUGCGGGACGUCGGAUCUCGCGCGGCGCCUCGCCGCCGACGUCGGGUUCGGACGCGUCGUGGGCGUCGACCGGGACCCGAGGCACGGCGAGGUCCACGACUGGGCGGCCGGCGGGGCCGCGCCGGGCGCCCCCUACGACGUCGCCUUCGACAAGUCGUCGCUCGACGCGACGCUGGCCGAGGGCGGCGCCGCCGGAUUGCUUACAUGCGCCUUCCGGAGCCUCGCGGCGGGCGGCCGGUACGUGGUCUGCUCGCUGUAUCCGCCGGACUUCGUGGAGGCCCUCGCGGCGCCGCUGUUCGCGCCGGCCGGUCGGGAGAGCGUCGCGCGGGGCGCCGCGCCGCCCGUCGCCGUCCUGUGUCUUCGGAAGAAACGGGAGUGUCGCGACGCGGACGACGCCGCGAUGGCGGCGCACUGCCGCGGCGUCCAGGACGCCUUCUUCGGCGCGGCGCGGCCGCUUUUGGACGAGGCGCGUCGGGAGGCCCUGCGGACUUCGUUCUCCGAGGCGCUCCCGCUCGGAUCCGCCUUCGAGGCCCUCUUCACGGCCGAGGAACGGCGCGACUACGCGCUCGCCGAUUUUCUAGACGACGUGGCCGCGUUCCGCGGGCGCGGCGGCGGCGGCGGUAUGGGUGGCGAGGAGGCGCUGGCUUUUUUGGCGUUCGCUCAGUAGUUUGUUUGUUGUCGCGUUUUUGGCGGUCGCUCAGUAGUCUGUUUGUUGUGAUUUAACUUGAAUUGUGG